AUGGCUCCCUCGCGAGCUAAUACGUCUGUCAUCGUCGUGGGUGGCGGCGGCACAAUCGGGUCCUCGACAGCCUUACACCUCAUCCGCUCAGGCUACACACCCUCAAACAUCACGGUGCUCGACACAUAUCCUAUUCCGUCUGUCCAAUCUGCAGGAAAUGACCUGAACAAGAUCAUGGGCAUUCGUAUGCAGAAUAAGAUUGAUUUGCAACUUAGUUUGGAAGCGAGGCAGAUGUGGAGAGAAGACGAGUUGUUUAAGCCGUUCUUCCAUAAUACAGGAAGGCUCGAUUGCGCACACACGCCUUCCUCCCUCUCUUCCCUUCAAAAUACCUACCAAUCCCUCCUCUCCGCCAACGCCGGUCUAGAAGACACAACCACGUGGCUCGACACCGAAGACGAAAUCCUAUCCAAAGCGCCCCUUCUCUCCCGCGACCAGAUUCGCGGUUGGAAAGCUAUCUGGAGCUCUGACGGUGGCUGGCUCGCUGCCGCAAAAGCCAUCAAUGCCAUCGGCGAAUUUCUACGCGAUAGGGGCGUGAAGUUUGGCUUUGGUGACAAAGGCUCGUUCAAGCAACCGCUCCUGGCAGAAGGUAUCUGUAUAGGUGUAGAAGCGGUGGAUGGAACGCGGUAUUAUGCCGAUAAAGUAGUUUUGGCGACGGGGGCGUGGAGUCCGGUGUUGGUGGAUUUAGAGGAGCAGUGUGUUAGCAAGGCCUGGGUCUACGCUCACAUCCGUCUCACGCCCCAAGAAGCCCGUGAAUACGCCUCAUGCCCUGUGGUCUACAACUCGGACAUCGGCUUCUUCUUCGAGCCUGACGAAAACAAUGUCAUCAAAGUGUGCGACGAAUUCCCCGGCUACACGCGCUUCAAGCAACACACGCCCUACGGCGCCACAGCCCCGAAACGCAUCUCUGUACCACGAUCAGCAGCGAAGCACCCCACCGACACGUAUCCAAAUGCGUCAGAAGUCAGUAUCAGGAAAGCGAUUGCGACAUUCUUGCCCAAGUUUACGGAGAAGGAGUUAUCCAACAGACAUUUGUGUUGGUGUACGGAUACGGCAGAUGCGGCGCUGUUGAUGUGUGAGCAUCCCCAGUGGAAGAAUUUUGUGCUGGCGACAGGUGAUAGUGGACAUACAUUCAAAUUACUUCCAAACAUUGGCAAGCAUGUUGUGGAACUGCUCGAAGGUACGCUAGCAGAAGACUUAGCACAUGCAUGGAGAUGGCGGCCUGGAACUGGUGAUGCACUCAAAUCUAGACGAGGAGCGCCCGCUAAGGAUCUGGCGGAUAUGCCGGGGUGGCAGCAUGACGAAGAUGAUGCGGCGCCAAGGGCGAAGCUGUAACUUUAGCGUAGACGGAACAGGGACGAAAGCUCAGAGAAGCAUGCACCAAGGGUUACGAGCUCGCCAAGGACUCCAACGACGUCGUAUUUGUUGUGAAAAA